AGAAUAUUCUUGGGACAGCUAAAUUCAUGUAAUAGAAAUGCAUGUACGUGUGUGCUUGAUUUUAUAAGUUGGGAGUGGAAUUAAGGUUUAUAUUAAGUCCUUGUAAAGUGAAUGGAUGGCUUGCUUUUCCAUUCAAAGUUUUAAAUAACGAUUUCAUUCCCAUGCGCAUGUAAAAGCAAGUAUCGCCAUACUUUGUCGAGGUGACAUGUACAUGUAUACUUGUGCAAAUAUUUCCCGUUCCCUAUUUGUCCCUGAACUGUGUUUUUAAAAUCACUGACCCGAAGCGGGGAAAGAUUUGAGUGCAGCACCCGAUUUAUUUAUGUGCAACGCGGUUGUUUGCUAAAAAACCAAAUGGACAUGUCGCAACUGUUGCGAUUGUAAAGUUGCGCUCUUUCCUGCUUGAAAAUCAUGACGACUUAAAGACUACACGUACAUGUCUACUAAUUUAUAUAAGAGAUGAAAUAUGUUUCUGUGACGGGAGAAGAGGCACAAAAUUUCACCCAUGUUCCUGAAAGAUGUUCCGUUUUAUUUCUUGAUUCUCGCAUUGAAUGAGGCGUUUUCCUAUCGCCUUUCCCCGACUGUGAAGCAACGAAAUGUCCAAUCAGCCUCAAAACAACAAUUCAAGACAGAUCUCCAAAUUCCUAAUCCUGAUGUUCAGAUUGUAUCUUCAAGGAGACCAAUUUCCUUGGAUCUUCUUGUGGUUGUGGAUACAAGCUCCUAUCGUUACCAUGGUGAUGACACAGAACAUUACAUCAUGAACAUGCUGAAUGUGGCUGCAAGCCUCUGGCAGAGUUCAUCAUUGCCUGCUGAUGUGAGAGUCCGUAUCGUUAAGAUCCAUGUCCUGAAGGAAAAGCACCAGAGUGAUUUGGAGCUCACAGAUCAUGCCAACUGGUCAUUGAUGAAAUUUUGUCAAUGGCAAAGACAAUACUUCAUGACAAGGGACAAAGAAAGAGUUCACUUUGAUGCUGCCAUUCUUGUAACCAGAAUUGACAUCCAGAUCGGUGGAAACUACGAUGCGACAGGCAUAGCAUACAACCAAGGGAUGUGUGACUUGGAGUACCACUGUGCAAUCUGUGAAGAUAAAAGUCCCAUGAUUCUCUCCCACACCAUUACUCAUGAAAUAGGCCACCUCUUGGGUAUGCGCCAUGAUGGGAACCAAAACACGUGCCCAGACCGCGUCUUCAUUAUGAGUGGAUAUGCUACCCGUGGACAUCAAACUUUUAUCUGGUCGACGUGCAGCCAAAAGGCACUGGCAGAAUUCCUCAGUUCAAACCGUGCUCGCUGUUUAGAUGAUGCUCUCUCUGCAUCACGGACACCAGGUGUUGCCUUGGAUACAAAUGCAAUGCCAGGAAGAAUUUACGAUGCAGACUACCAGUGUCAGAUGAUAUAUGGGGCUACAGCUAAAGCAUGCAAGGAGCAAAAUAAAACUAAAAUGUGUGGCAUGCUGAAAUGCCAGAAGGAUGAAAAACGCUCCGAAUGUGUGACUGACGGGAGACCCGCUUUGCAGGGCACCAGCUGCGGCUCUUUGAAGUGGUGCUUGAGAGCGUUUUGUGUCCAAAGAACUAUUCGCAGUCAUCAUGACGAUGAUACUGCAAUUGCAUACAGACAGAAUGACCAACCAACAGACGGACAAUACUGCAAUGAGUGUAGUACAUUUCCCUACAUGGAUACCCCAGCACCAACAACCAAUCAGGAUGGAGUACCACUGGAAUUAUAAAUGCACGGUUCUCCUCAAUCCAAUCUCACCCCAGCCUAUUCUAUCCUAUCUACCUUCCUAUCUCAACCCCGAAUCUGUCCCCACCCAACUCCAAACAACUCAAGUCAUCCCUGACUGCCUCCAGACUCCCCAACCUUUUACCCAUGUACCCAACCCCAUCCACCCCACCCCAACCCAUUUAACACCACUCUGCCAUGGGUUGGGGGGGGGUAGUAAGGGAAAAUUUCCCCCUUCCCCUGGAAAAAUUUGAAAGGGAGCAAGAAAAGAAAAGUAGAUAGGGGAUGAAAAUGGCAAAUUUGCUUAAAAAAAACAUUAAAAUUGAUCCCCUCCCACUUCUAAUGGUUUUUAAGUUUGUAUCUGACCAGUGCUUCCCCAGAAAUCCCCCCGAAAAGAAUUACAUGUAUGUGCCCCUCAGAAAACAUCCUCGCAAUGUCCACACACCCUGCCCCCACCCCUACCCUCUACUCCUAUUCCAUACCACCCAAUUCAACUUUCUUCAGCAACCAACCCUCCCUUCCAACCACCCCCCCCUAAUUCAACUUGAAUGACUCCACCUCUCCUCACCUCAUGCCACGUUUAAUUUCACCCUUCCACACCCAACCUCAUUUCAUCCCGAAUGCCAGCUCCAAAAUUUCCCCCCAGUCACGCUGGAUCGUCCAGGAAUGUAAAACUUGCGCCUUUGUAUGAGCCUGUUUUAGAGGACAAAUUGACCCCGACAAAAGACGGAGUUACAGUUUCGUUGACUUAUCUUAUACCGAACAGGCUACAUUAAUUUUGGCAUAAAAAUCUAUUUUUUUAAUAUCGGAUACCUUGAAGCUAAGGGUUUUGUCCUUUUGCCGUGACAGAGAACUUAAAGAAGGGAACAGAAAUGUUGGAGUAGUUUUCUGGGCCAAUUAGGUGACGGCAGAUCGUGGACUAUAAUAUCCUGUGUGAUGGGUUAGGCAACAGAGGAAUGCAAGGAAAAACUUAAAGUGAACCUAUGACAUUAAAUGAGGAGUGGCAAUUUUAAUGAGACUUAUAGCGUUUACAGCCAAUGCAUCUAAAUUUUCUCUUUGAAGAGCAACUAAAAUGUUAUGUCGGCCGAUCGAUGUUGUACGGAAGCGUAUAGCUGCCGACUCGAAAAAUUUUUUUUUUCUCGUUUAAACGAGAUAUGUCGUUUAAACGAGAUACUAAGUCUAGAUGGAUUUUUUUUCCGGAUUGGCAGCAAUACGCUUUCGUAAUGAUGUGCCAACGGUUGGGCGAGGGUUUAACAACAAGGGGUCGGGGUGUCACCGGAUACUAGGACUAAGUUUUCCUUGGGGGAUGAGGGUGGGCAAGGGAAAAGGGAAAACCUUGAACUUGACAUCUUCAUUAAAACUACAAAUGCAUCUGGUACUGCAAAGAGCACCGGGCACACGUACUGAUCUGAGCAAUAUUAAAAUUCAGUAUCAUUUAUUUCGGCAUCCUCAAUAUUUGUGAGCUCAAAAUAUUUGUAGGGAUUGAAAUGAUGCGAAGCAUUUAAUAAUUGGUUAAUGAAUGUAAGUAAAAUGUCGUAUUUCAUUUCCAAUAAAGUUCCCAUGCAAAAGAAGUCA